AUGAGUUCUAUUUUUAAUUCGCUUAAAUCAUUGGCUGGUUCGCACAUCACGAAGAAUGGCGCUCGAACCGAUAUUCGUGCAACAUCACCGCCGAGCGAGGAGUCGGACUUCAACCAGUGGCUGCACGCGAUGCGCCUGGUUGCAAGCAUGCCGGAAGGGGUCCCUCCUGAAUUCAGGAAAAAGCUUUGGUUAUCGUUGGCUGAGAAACAUCUUCAGAGUAAUAAAGUUGAUUGGCCGCGAACGGAGAAGAGAUGUUUUAGUGCGUUUAACAGAGAGGAUGACGAAGAACUUGGAAACCAAAUUGUCAAGGAUUUGCACAGAACAGGUAGUUCUUUCUUUUCGGGACCAGACGGAUCGCACAAUCAAGCUAUUCUGAAAAAAGUUUUAAUAGGAUAUGCUCGUUAUAACGAAAAAGUUGGUUACUGUCAGGGUUUUAAUAUGCUAGGCGCCUUCAUGUUGCAAGUUAUGGAAAGAUCAGAGGUCGAUUCGUUGAAGGUAAUGAUUUUUCUUAUUGAAGGCGUGAUGCCUCCCAAGUAUUUCAGUGGCACGUUAAGCGGAUUGAUAACAGAUAUGUCAGUUUUUCGAGAAUUGCUCAGCUCUAGAUUGCCAAAAUUGUCUGCUCACUUGGAUCGAUUGCAAGGGACUGAUGGAGAAGGUAGUUAUUCGUUCGAGCCGCCUUUGACCAACGUUUUUACGAUGCAGUGGUUUCUGACUCUCUUCUGCACGUGCCUACCUCAUGCAACGGUUUUGCGCAUAUGGGAUUUAAUUUUUUUGGAAGGCAAUGAGAUACUUUUGCGCACAGCUUUGAUGAUCUGGGAACGUUUUUCAGAGCGAAUAUUGAGUGUAAAAAGUGCAGAUGAAUUUUAUUCAAUCAUGAUGAUUCUGAGCAAAGAAAUGUUAGAAUGCGGUUUUAAAGACGCUAACACAUUCAUCAAAAAGGUUGUCGAAUUUGGUCCCAUAGAAAACUUACAAGAGCUUCGGGCUAAAUACAAUUACAACAUGAAAUGGACUCAAUCUGUUCAGCCUUCGCCUAGAGAUCGCAUCAAACUUUUCUAUUCUGAUGACGAAUCGUAUUCUGAUUCCGAGCCGAACAGAAUGGCUGUAACUGCGGCAUAUGGCUGGACAUCAGGACAAAAAUCAGCAAGAAAGAACUCACUGGGGUCACUCAUGAUGGACCCAGAACGUCUAACAAUGGACAUUAAUGCGCUGAAACAACAAUACUUGAAAUUACGAGAGCGACAAAGGCAGGCGCAUCUCAUACUUACCGCGGCGUGUGCCAGGCAAACAGUCGUUCCCUCAAUAUCGUCUCCGGCCAAUCCAAUAAACCACUUUUUGCUGGGUAAAAGCGCAAUUUUGAACUCUCACGAUCGACGUCGUCGCAUUGGACUCGGAGGAGUCGGACCUGUUCCUCCAGCUCGUGUCGCCAAGUUGUCUAUGAAAGCAUCUCAAGGAGAAACUUUGUUGUGGAAGGACACCGACAGUAAACGACGUACUCUGACCAGAAGAGAUUCUAUUAAAUGGAAGGAUAUUCCUAAAACAGACUCUACAAAUACAAAUAAUAACGACAUUAAUUCCAAAAGCGUGUAUGGUGAUGAUGAUUUGUUAGCAGGGAGUUCCGAGAACUACAAUAGCUACGUUCAAGAUUUGCGAGGACAAAGUGAUUCUUCCUCGUCUUACAGUGAAGAAAGCAGUACUUCAAGUACAAGUACGGAAUUAUGUGAUGAACCUAAUCGGUUAAGUGAUUUUGAUGCUGAACCGCUUUCAGUCGAUGAUGCCAAUGAAAACCCUGUUUUAGAUGCAAAAACAAGUCCAAAAUAUGAUCCGUUACCAGAAAUAAAAACCAGUCCCAUUUGUGAAGAAUUUCCAAAAACGACCUGCGAAUUUCUUCGUGAUCCUAGUAAAGAAAAUAUAAACGAAAGCACAGAAAUAAUAAAUAGCAGUCUUCACAAUUUAUCCUCAGAAUUAGAUUCUAGUAAAAUAUAUGAAAAUAUUCAAGAGAGUGAUUUUAACUAUCCACGGGAUCUCAGUCAAGAACAUUUAGAACAAGCUUCGGAAGUAGAAAGUUGUUUGAGCCGAGUUUAUGAAUCGUCGUUAAUCAGGAAACCAUUUUUUUAUCGUCAUGAUCUUAGCGAAGAAAAUCUAAGUGAAAAGGCAGAAGCUAUAGUUGCAAAAAGUAAUAUUACAGAAGAACACAAUUUAGUAGAAAUCAAUCCUAUUUACCAACCUGAAUCACAAUUUACCUGCUCUGAUAAUUUGAGUACGAUAAAUUUAAGCGGAGAGUUUGAAAAUAAACCAACACGAAUUACUCUAGAUAUUGAGCAGUCUCCCGAAAAAUAUUUAAAAAGUGAUUCUGCUUGCGAAUCGUUAUCGGGAACAUAUUUAACAAAAACCAGUCCGACUUACGAACCAUCAUUUCCAAAACAUAGUCCAUUAUACGACGAUUUACUUAAAAAUAAUUUAUCUCGGGAUCUCAGUGAGGAUAGCAUAAGCAGAAAAGAUAAAUUUGCAUCUAAUUUUGAUUACUUACUAACAUCCGAAAAUGAAGUUAACGUUAAUUCAAGUGAAGAGAAUUUGUGUGAACGUAAAAAUUAUGUCACAGAAGCUGCUAUUGAAAAUAUCGCGCAGACAAUCCAGGAGAACAAAAAUUUACUAUCUCGUGUUACUGAAGAUAGAUUAAAAGAAAAAAGUCAAUUUGAUAAAAAUAUCGCCGCAACUGAACCCGAAUCAACCAAUCAAGACCUCGAAGUUUCAACAUCGAGCUCUGUGACAUUUGAUAAUCAACUUACAGAAAAAGAUGAAUUUUUAGUAAAUGAUACAUUUUUAAGUAGUGUGGAUCACUCAUAUUUUUUGACAAACAGAAGCUUAACAGAAAGUACUUCUGAUCAGAAUUUUCAGUUCUGUGUUCUUUGCCAAGAAUCGGCGUGCACUUGUUCCGAGAACACUGUGCAGAAUACAGGGAAAAAACAUAGUGAACGAGCCUUACAAAUUAUUGAAGAGAAUUCCAAAAUCUUACACAGGAUAUCUAGGUACAACAUAGAAAAUACAUCAGCGUUGAAUUUUCCUCAUUUAACAGACUUUUACAGUAUAAAAUUAGGUGACAACCGAAAUCCGUCGGAUUUGAGUGACGACCAGGAUGAGAAGGAUUCACCUAAAGAUAAGUACGUAUUAGAUGAUAAUGCAACAAAAUCAGAAGCCAGCACUGACUCGAAAUCUGAUAAAUCUCGUUUGACGUUGACUCCUGAUUUUGAUUUUGUCCUAAGGAAAGAUAUACAAAGUCGACUUUCUCCUAUAACGUCCACAUCGAUUUCAUCAGAAUAUCGCGACAAUAUAAGGAACCCUUACAGUUCCGUAUUGAGUCCUAGUCAUUUAUCAAAUUUCCGUUCAAUAUUGAGUAUGGACAAUAAUUUUACAUCUGAUAGUAAAUCUAAGUCUUAUAAUAUUCAAUCGCCUAAUGAAAAAAGCCCGAAUGAGUAG